AUGCUGGUUACGUAUCCGAUUAUGGGGCUGUCGUACGCCCGUGGUUUCUUUGCCAUUUGCGGUGGCGGUGGGUCUCUAAAAUCCGGUAUUAAAAAUACUGUCGAUAUCUACCAGCUCUCGGACACGGAUCCGACGGGAUUUACCAAGGAAAUUACAGCUGAUACGGGCUUGGAACUGGCUUCUGGUGUGGCCUUUUCUCACGAUGGACAACUCAUUGCUGUGUCCGUCAGUGCAGGCUGCUGGAUUUAUGCUCUGGACUUGAAAGACAAGACAAUGACGCUUUUGGUCAAAUUUCGCACUGAUUUCCAUGAAGAAGAGAGUUCACAGACGUGUGCUCGCUUUGUUGGUAACUCUACUAUCUUGACGGGUGGAGAGGAUGGAGUUAUACGCAUCUGGCGUCUGAAUCGAGACUCAUUCAAGCCUGAAAAAGCUGUAGGCACGGCCAAAGCUCUGGCAAUCUCGGACGAGAUUGAUCCUUGUGAUGAGAUAGCGGUAAAGGAGCAGGCCAAGCUCGGAGACUGUGUCAUUAAUGGAAUCAAUAUGGUCACGCUAACGAGAGAGUAUCGUGGCCAUACGAAGAGAAUUCGUGAUAUUGACGUAGAUCUCUCGCAUCGUAACCUUGUCGCAUCAAGUGCAGAGGAUCAGUCGUGUCAUCUAUGGAGACUCACAGAGGUAACGCCAGUUUGCAAGUUUUCCAAAGAUGAUGCAUUGGAUAUUGCAUUCCAACGACUAUCAACGAAACCCAUGGCUGGACCACGCAAGCACUUGUUUCGAUGUGUGCGCUUUGCUAAAAGUGGACGUCGACUUUAUACUGUGCUGACUCCGGCGCGUGGCGACUCGAUUUUGAUCAAGUGGAAGCCCGAGACCAUUGCACAGGAGAAUGAAGAGCAAUGGUCGUGGGUGGUUGAAGAAACAGCUAUUGCUGGUGAUAAACCUGUGGCCAGUCUUUGUGUGAGUCAGGAUGACCGCUUCGUGUGCGCGGCUGCAGUGACGGGAGAGAUCAAAGUGUUUUUGGCGUCUACGCUGCAGCAGUACAAAAAGAAGUCGACGGAGCAGCAUUCUUUCGCUAUCACCGGCAUGAGCUUUGCACCGCCAGUAGACAAACAAAACCCUGUUUUUCAUUUGGUGAGUGGAGGCGCUGACAAGAACUUGCUGCGGCAUGAGAUUUCUCUGGAGGGUGGUCUGGUCAAGUCGGGAAUGGAGAUUACCGUUGGUGCUUUAAAGAGCGUAGUCAGCGCCAUUGUCGGCUUUGUGCUAAAUCUCUGGAUGGCGAUGCUGCUGCUAUUUAUUCUCCUGCUAUUUAUUCAUGCAAGGACUGGGAUGCUGGAUAGUCCGUUGGCAGGCUUCAACGAUCUAGCAUCUCUUAGUUUCAAUUCAUCAGACGGUCUGAUGACGAUUGGAGCUUUCAUAGCGAGCACAGUAGUCACGUGGCUCUUUGCAACGUAUAGCUCGGUGAUACACCGCUUCUUCUGGAACGGUCUGUUUUGCCUGCUCUCCGGCGUCGGAGCCUUUGUUGUGGCCAUUUCAGCAGAAUUCGAGCUUAAAUGGCAAACUGGCGACGCCGCCGUUGAUAAGUUGCUAGCAUACAAGAUCGCGAUUUUGCUCGGAGCGUGUAGUAUCGCGUUAUUUCUCUGCCAUUCACUGCUGGUGCUAACGUUAUAA